AAUCUCAACUUUCAAUUUCCCCAAUUCUUGCAAAUCCCUAAAUUUUACAGAACAAAAUCAAAACUGAGGGGUUAUUAUCAGAAAUGUGCCUUGCUCUGCUGUUUCGACUUAGUGACAAUGGCACAAAAAGGCAUCUCCUUCCCAUAAAUUGCACCAAAUUUCAGCUCUUUUACUACUCUACAGCUCCAGCAAAUGUUACAAACAGCAGCAAUUUAUUGGUUGAUUUGCUAGUUAACUCAGUUGGAUUCUCCAAAGAAAAAGCUAUUUCUACUAGCACUAAGGUAACUUGCUUGAAACCCGGAAACAAUAAGCCUAAUUUAGUCCUUAGUUUUUUCAAACAAAUUGGUUUACACAAAACCCAGAUUAAAACCCUUGUUUCGGCAUACCCCGGAUUGUUAUUUUCUGAUGUCGACAAUACCCUUAAACCCAAAAUUACGGUUCUUCAAAAAGUUGGCUUAUCUGGGUCGAAUUUAACUAGAGUAAUUACAAGAAGUGGCGCUUUGUUUCAUACAAGUCUUGAUACUUGUAUUAGAAAUCUUGAUUAUCUUCGAGAAUUAUUAGGUAGUGAUGUCGAUUCCGUAGCUGUGGUUAUAAAAAGAGCGCCUUGGUUAUUUUCUCGGAAUCUCCCUAAAGUAAUGCCACCCAAUAUAGUGUUGUUAGAGAGAGUAGGGUUUUCAAGUAUGGAUAUUAACAAGUUUUUUCUUAAUCGUCCGUUGGGUAUGGUUCAAAAGACUGAGUGGCUUGAGAGCGUAGUGCGUCGAGUGGAAAAGGAUUUUGGCAUUCCUAGAGGGUCCCCUAUGUUUAAACAUGGACUUGAAGCUAUUGUAAAUUUUGGUGAGUCUACACUAAAGAUGAAACUAGAGAUUUUCAGGAGUUUUGGAUGGUCGGACUCUGAUAUUCUCACAAUGGUGCAAAAGCUUCCUUACUGUUUGACUGCGUCUGAGGCUAAGCUUAGAAAUGGAUUGAAGUUUUUCAUGAAUGAACUUGGAUAUAAGUCUAGUUAUAUUGCCAGUCACCCUACACUUUUGAAGCUUAGUUUGGAGAAAAGGGUCUUGCCAAGGAACGAAAUCUUCAAACUUCUCAAGGAGAAGCGACUUUUAAGGAGGAGGCUAUGUCUUUACACUGUCGUGUCAUAUCCGGAAUCAAAGUUUAUAGAGAACUGUGUGUUGCCGUUCAGGUAUGAGUUGCCUGAGUUGUAUGAGUUAUAUAUGAAGAGUAAGGGCUAAGAGAAAAUUCUUUUUAGUUGAGAUGCUGGCACUAGACCAUUGCUUGUUUCUGAGGUUUAUCCACUUUUCCGAUGAUAAUGUUUUUUUCAUCUUCAAGCUCCAAUCAAGAAUAUUGCUGCUAUUCCUUUGUUGAUGAGCCAUUUAUCAGCAAGCUUCCUUAGAUUAUUUUACUGCAUUUCCGACGAGAUGAUAAGCAACAACAUUAUAUUAUAGAUAGGCUCUUUCAAAUAAUGUUAAAACACUCUGCUGCAACACCUUUUUCAAAGCGAUGAAUCAAUUUAAGUAACUCCCUAAAGACAUACCUUCAUUACUGAUUGAACGAGACAUCGUACUUUUGGAGUACAGAUGCUAAACCCGUUCCGAACUUUGUCAUCAGAUGUUAUGUAGUUCGCUCUUGUAAAGACAUAAUGCUGUUUCCUUUAGUCAAGAUUGAGGUGUAUCUUA